AUGUCUAAACCCAUCUCUCAACAUAAUCUCUCCCAUCCUCCACCCGCCAAUAAAUCGCAAAAGCAAAUGACCAAAGCCGAACGAAGGGAAAUGCAGGAAGCUCAGCGAGCAGCAAAAGCGGCGAAGACUGCUGCCGGCGGAGGAAGCCAGCAGGGAGGUGGAGGGAAGACUACAGGGGUAAAACAGGCACAACAACAACUAUCAAAUUCCAGUACAGCGCAGCAGAAGAAGGGUGGUAGGGGAGAGGGUGUAGGAUCUACGAAGGGUGGCGUAGUUGUUACGGCCGCCACAACUGGUAAAAUUGGGAAGGGAGAGUCUUCAAAGGCAGCGGCAGCUGGGUCGGAAAUCGCUAUAGGGCGCUCGCGCGGUCUACGGAUCUUUUCACACUUUGCGCUUCAAAAGACUCAGUCGCAUGUGCCAAAAGGCGAUAUACAUCCUGCCAUCGCGAGACUCGGCCUCAAGUUCGCGGAGUUUAAGAUUUGUGGCGCAAAUGCAAGGUGUAUAGCGACGCUCUCUGCCUUCAAAGAGGUCGUACAAGACUACGUUACGCCACAAAACAACACACUCUCGCGGCAUCUCAUGACGCAUUUGUCUGCACAAAUCAGUCAUCUAGUUUCUGCUCGACCUAUGUCGGUCACUAUGGGCAAUGCUAUCCGACAACUGAAGUUAGAGAUCAGCGGGUCGGACAUAGACCUUCCAGAGCAAGAUGCUAAAGACGAAAUUUGCCUAUGGAUCGACAACUACAUCAGGGAUCGAAUCAUUAUCGCAGAUCAAGUAAUCCAGGAAACUGCUGUGAAGAAAAUCCACAACGGAGAUGUUAUAUUAACUUACGCACGCUCAUCAGUUGUUGAGAAAGUGCUCCUGGAAGCUUGGUCGGAGGGAACGCAGUUCUCUGUCGUCGUGGUCGAUUCAAGACCUAUGCUGGAAGGCAAACGUCUACUAUCGGUACUCGCUUCUGCUGGCCUUCCUUGCUCUUAUGUUCUCCUUCCCUCGCUGGGCUCCAUCAUCACGGAAGUUUCCACGGUAUUCGUCGGUGCGCAUUCAAUAAAUUCAAACGGAGCCGUGUACUCGCGAGCCGGGACCGCGCUGGUCGCUAUGAUGGCCAAACAACACUCCGUCCCGGUCGUUGUGUGCUGCGAGACGUACAAAUUCAGUGAGGGUGUGCAAUUGGACAGUUUCACGAAGAACGAGCUUGCUCCAGUUAGCGACAUCUUUUCCUCUUUUCCCCUUAACAAAUCGCCCGAGGCCCUCGUCCUUCACAACAGGCCGAACCUUGAAAUUCUCAACCCACUAUACGACCUCACCCCACCCUCAAGUAUCACCGCUGUUGUUACCGAAGUCGGCGUCAUUCCCCCGGAUUCUAUCAGCAGCAUACCCCUCGCACUCGGCCGUCAGAGCAUCUGA